AUGCGGCGCAGGGCGCCCGACUUCCGGCGCCCCGCAAGAAGGCGAUUCGUGAGUUGGAUCUGGUGCCUCCUGCUGGUCUUUUUAGCCUUGGGUACGAUGAUCUUCAUGCUGCAGCCCCGCCGGGGGGCCCCAAUACAGGUAAGCGAAGAGGGCACUCCCAGUCACUGAUGGAAUUCAUUUCCUUCUCCUCAUUUCUCUUGUGGGCUCAUGGCUUAUUUGCCUUCUCCUUGUUCCCCCCUCAAUCAGCUGAGGCCGCUAGAAAAGGUCAUUGAUGUAUUUUUCAUUAGUAGAUGCUUUCCCGUUGGUCUUUGACCGAAGGAAGUCUUCUUACGUUGAUGUUGGCGUUGAGCUUAGCACCAAUCUUAACGUGGAUACCUAGAGUUAUGCGGUAGUUCUUCCCGUGUCGAACAUCACACCCAAUCUCUGGUGGGUUGCCAGAUACUUCCACUGCUGAUGGAAGAUAUCUCCUUGAGUCACCUAUUGCUGUCAUAUGAGAUCAAGUGUUCUUGAUGCAGUUGACGGUUAUCUUAUUCGUGGUAUCAUUUAUAUUUCCAUGGCUAUAGUAGAAUCUUCUUUGGAAGAAGAAGAAAAAAAAGGGAAGAACUUUGCAGCAGGGUUUUUUUCCCUGGGCCUUGAUCUUGACACUUUAGAGAAGAUUUCUUCGUUGAUUCUUCGUUGGCCUGUGAUGAACAAUCGUGUGUGAUGGGCUUUUCUUGGACACUAUAAUGCUUCUCGUUUAGGAUCCAUAAUUGCUUGCAUUUGGACUGAUAUCCGGAAUACUGAGAAAGAUAUGCAUGGUUUAGUCAUCUUUACCAUACUUGUCAUGGGCCAAGUGGAGAAGAAGCGUGUACCUGUUCUUAAGCUCGGGCCUGACCCUGUAGAUUUCCCCAUUAGGAAGGAAUUCACAGUGGAGGGAAGCAGGCAGAUCCACGGUAGGGAGGGAGGCUGGAGGAGUGCCUGCUUGGUUGGACCUAAUCUAUUUAUGAAUCGGGCCCCCAACCUGCAAUGAGAUUUACCGCAUUGCCUCGGUGAAGAUGGGUGAUAUUUAAGGAACGUUCUUCAUGCUCCAUUGCUUGGCUUCAACAUAUCUGCAUCCAUCCAGUUAAAUAUUAUUUUCGGAAUUUAUGGUUGAAACCAUACCAGUAGACUCUUUAUACAUUGAUAAAGCAUGCGCUCUGUCUGACACAGCGUGCAGUUACCCGAGUGACCUAAUUGCCCAAACUAUGAUUUUGGUUGCAUUUUUCUACCACACGGUUGAUUGCAUCAAAACGCUUAGAGAGAGAGAGAUGUAAGAGAAUGAUUUAAUAUAGUGUAUGGCAUAUGCAUGGGUUAUUUUAUAUCAGAUGCCCAUUUUGAUUGUUAUUUACUAUGUCACUGCUUUUUCAGCUAUGGAUUAUUUUCUCUGAAAGUUAGGAUCUUUGCCAUGCAAAAGGCUCUCCUGCAGAUAUCUUAAAGUUAAACAAAAGGCUUAAAGUCAACCCCCCCCCCAACUCCCUUAUUUAUGGAAAUAUUUCAUUACCAUGACUGCUUCCAGUGGCUUCGUAGGCUGAGUGUUACCAAUCCAGCAUACCCUUGGAUUUUGUUUGUGACAUUGACCAAUACCUGGCUUUCUUUCUCUAGGAACUUUGAGACAAUGAUGUGGCAACGAGUUAUGCUUGUUGAUUGCUCUGAUUACCGGAACUUAAUUGCUUGAUAAUUGCAGGCCUCAUCGUAUAGAAUAUUCAUCCGCCAUUGCUUUGGCACGAGCCGUCCUUCUGUUUAUUUCUGUUCUUUUCUGGAUGAAUUUUCCCAUCUUCUCUGUAAUAUCGGAAUUUAAUCGCAACAUCUCUGAGGAGAAAGUUCAUCAAUUUUUUUUUUUAAAUUCUAGUUCGCGGGAAGAAGAAAAAAGUUUUUCUGUGCCCAAAUUCGGUAAUUUACUUUGCUCGUAAUAUAAAUUUGACCUACAGUUGACUUCCAAUUUUACAUAGCGUGUGAUAGUGUUCUCAAGUGACCCUAUGGUUUGGCUCUUCUUGAUCCCUCUUCUUCUUUGUUCUUUCCUCAGGACUCCAGAAAAUCGAAUCGGAGGUCGCAGCGUGAGACCUUUGACUUGAAAAGGGAGCUGUCGAGUGCCACGUCUUUUGCCCGGCAGCUGGUUGAGCAGAUGACCCUCGCCAAAGCCUACCUUGUCAUGGCCAAGGAGCAGGGAAACCUGAAACUCGCCGGGGAUCUCAGUUCACAGAUCAGGAGCUGCCAGCGCCUUCUCUCUCAAGCCGCCACUGGAGGAAAACGGAUCACCCUGGAAGAAGCUCAGCCCGUCAUCAGCAAGCUGGCGCAUCUGAUCCUUAAGGCCCAAGAGUCCCACUUUGACAUUGCGACCACCAUAGUCACGCUCAAGAAUCACAUCCAGGCCCUGGAAGCCCGGGUCAACGCGGCAACGGUGCAGAGCGCUGAGUUCGGUCGGCUGGCCUCCGAAGCCGUGCCCAGAUACAUACACUGCCUGAGCGUGAAGCUUACGGUGGACUGGCUCAGCAGCUCGUCUCUCAGGAGGCUCGAGGAGGACCGGAGGAACCAAGCUCGGCUCGUGGACAACAGCCUCCACCACUUCUGUGUGUUCUCUGAUAACCUGUUGGCCGCAUCGGUGGUGGUGAAUUCCACCGUCUCCAAUACGGAUCACCCCCAGAAGCUUGUGUUCCAUGUGGUGACGAACAGUGCCAAUUACAGGGCCAUGAGGGCCUGGUUCCUCGUGAACAGCUUCAAAGGUUGCACAGUGGAAGUUCGAAGCAUGGAGGAGUUCUCCUGGUUGAACGCCUCCCACUCACCGAUGGUGAAACAGCUUCCGCAGUCCGAGGAGUCCCAGGCUGGCCACCUUGGGAGCCCGAAGCUUGAUUCCCUUCUGAGCCACUUGAGAUUCUACAUUCCGCAGAUGUUCCCGUCGCUGGAGAAGGUGGUCUUCCUCGACGACGAUGUCGUGGUUCAGAAGGAUCUGGCCGCCUUGUUCUCGCUGGAUCUGCGAGGGAACGUCAAUGGGGCUGUCGAGACUUGCCUGGAGGCGUUUCACAGGUACCACAGGUACCUCAAUUUCUCAGACCCGUUGAUCAGCUCGAGAUUUGACCCGCAGGGUUGCGGGUGGUCUUUCGGGAUGAACGUUUUUGAUCUGGUGGCGUGGAGGAAGGCCGACCUGACCUCGGUUUAUCAUCGCUGGCAAGAGCGGAACUCCAAUGGCGUACUCUGGAGGACGGGAACCCUCGCCCCUGGUCUCCUGACCUUUCACGGCCUGACGGAGCCGCUAGAUCGUAGAUGGCAUGUUCUAGGGCUAGGGUUCGACCCGGACAUUGACAAUCGAUUGAUCGAAAGCGCGGCCGUCGUUCACUUCAGCGGGAGGAUGAAGCCAUGGUUGAAGCUGUCCAUCGCGAGGUACAGACCUCUCUGGGAGCGCUACGUCGACUACAGCAGCCCCGAUAUCCGCAGCUGCCUCGCUCAGUCGCAGCUCUGA